GUCUGUUACCGAGGCCCCGCCUCCCGAUGAUGUAACAAUCUCUCCGCGCAUGUUCACAGUCUCCGGGUGGACGGUGUUAUCCUCUCCGCUCAGAGCUGAAGUGGGUCGGCGGUGUGUUCGGGAAAGACCUUCGUCUCUUGCGUCGGGAUCACUGUCUGCGGGCCGAAGAUAUCACUUUCCCAUCGUUAGACCUGCAGUGAGACAUUUAUUGGAAGAAAAGCACACAACUGGAAGCAGAGCGCGACUGAAGUCGAGGGAACAGCAGCAAGUGAACCAGCCCGAGGAUUGAGAGCACCGACUGGAGAGAACCCAUCUGACUCGGAGAUUCCAGUGAUUCAGUCAGGAGAAAGUUGGGCCAUGAGUUAAAAAUUUCGCUGUCGAUGAAAUGCGCAGGCGUCAGGCUGAGGACAUCCCCAAGUAUCACGUAUGCACGCAGCACACUGAAGGCAUUGAAAAUGUCGGAUGUAGGUUAAAAAUGACAAGGAAUUUGCCUAAGGGAAUCUCGAACACAACACGCCAGUUUUGCUGUCUCUGUCCAGAUAUUUAAGAACAGGAGCAAGGGAUUCAGCCGAUCAUCCUUCCUGCUCAGACUGUCGAGAGGGAUUCACUUGAUCAUCUGACCAAUUGGCAUGCCCAUUAGUUUACAUGGGGGGAGCCCAUUCAUCUGCUCAGACGGUGGGAAUGGAUUCACUCAGUCAUCUCAACUGAAGGUACAUCAGCAAGUUCACACUGGGACAAGGCCAUUCACCUGUCCUGUGAGUGAGCAGGGAUUCAGUGGGUCUUCCCACCUGUGGACACACCAGUCAGAUCACAUUGGGCAAAGACUGGUCAUCUGAAGAAUUUGUGGGGAAGCAUUCACUCUGUCAUCUGACCUAAUGGCUCAACAGCGAGUUCACACUCGGGAGCGGCCGUUCACCUGCUCAGACUGUGGGAAAGGAUUCACUCAGUCAUCUCAGUUACUGAGACACCAGUCAGUUCACACUGGGGACAGGCCAUUCAACUGCUCGCUCUGCAGGAAGGGAUUCCCUUCCGCAUAUAAGUUACUGAGACACCAGUCAGUUCACACUGGGGAGAGGCCAUUCACCUGCUCAGACUGUGGGAAGGGAUUCACUUCAUCAUAUCAGCUACUGAGACACCAGUCAGUUCACACCGGAGAGUGGCCGUUCACCUGCUCAGACUGUGGGAAGCGAUUCACUGAAUUAUCUCGACUGAAGAUACAUCAGCGAGUUCACACUGGAGAGAGGCCGUUCACCUGCUCAGAUUGUGGGAAGGGAUUCGCACAGUCAUCUCAACUGAAGGUACAUCAGCGAGUUCACACUGGGGAAAGGCCGUUCACCUGCUCGGACUGUGGGAAGGGAUUCACUUCAUCAUCUCUACUGAAGGUACAUCAGCGAGUUCACACUGGGGAGAAGCCAUUCACCUGCUUGGACUGUGGCAAGGCAUUCACUUCAUCAGCUCACUUACUGAGACACCAGCAGCGAGUUCACACUGGGGAGAAGCCAUUCACCUGCUCAAUCUGUUGGAAAGGAUUCACUUCGUCAUAUAAGUUACUGAAACACCGGUCAGUUCACACCAGAGAGUGGCCGUUCACCUGCUCAGACUGCGGGAAGGGAUUCACCGAAUUACCUCAACUGAAGGUACAUCAGCGAGUUCACACCAGAGAGAGGCCAUUCACCUGCUCAAAAUGUGGGAAGGGAUUCGCUCAGUCAUCUCAACUGAAGGUACAUCAGCGAGUUCACACUGGAGAGAAGCCGUUCACCUGCUCAGACUAUGGGAAAGGUUUUACUCAGUUAUCUCAACUGAAGGCACACCAGAGCGUUCACACCGGAGACGGGUACGGUGCGGCUUAUUUUCUGCGGAAUCCUGCUCGGCAGAGUUUGCUCGCCGCCUCGGACGGAGAGCCGGGGGUGGAACGGAUGAUUCUCUGCGGAGCGAGACCGACAAGAUCCAUGCGAGCAGUAAAAAUUGAUCACACCUGUCCACAAAAUGGAUCAAUGUGCGAGCAGGAGAGGAGUUCCAGUAACGUCAACAUCGGGAAAGGACACGGUGAUCACCGAGCUCCUGGCAAGCUGGGAUGA